ACUCCCGGAGCGGCGCGCGCUCCUCGCUCCCCGGGCCCGCGGCCUCCCCCGCAGCCCUUCCCCACUUUUCCCCCUUUGGCAAUCACAUGGCAUUUUAAGAAUGCCGGAAAGAUGGCGGUAGCGGCGGCGGCGGCGGCGGGGCCGAGCGGCGGGGGAGGCGGCCGGGCGCAGCGGAGCGGGCUGCUGGAAGUUUUGGUGCGGGAUCGCUGGCACAAAGUUCUGGUGAACUUGAGCGAGGACGCCCUGGUUCUGAGCUGCGAGGAGGGCGCCGCGGCGUACAACGGCAUCGGGACCGCCACCAAUGGCUCGUUCUGCAGGGGCGCCGGCGGCGCGCAGCCCCCGGACUCGCCCGCCGGGGUCCGCACUGCCUUCACCGACCUGCCCGAGCAGGUGCCCGAGUCCAUCUCCAACCAGAAGCGCGGCGUGAAGGUGCUGAAGCAGGAGCUGGGCGGACUGGGCAUCAGCAUCAAGGGGGGCAAGGAGAACAAGAUGCCCAUCCUCAUCAGCAAGAUCUUCAAGGGGCUGGCGGCCGACCAGACCCAAGCCCUGUACGUGGGCGACGCCAUCCUGUCGGUGAACGGGGCCGAUCUGCGGGACGCCACCCACGACGAGGCGGUGCAGGCGCUGAAGCGCGCGGGCAAGGAGGUGCUGCUGGAAGUCAAGUACAUGCGAGAAGCCACACCCUACGUGAAGAAAGGCUCCCCGGUAUCGGAGAUCGGCUGGGAAACGCCUCCGCCGGAGUCGCCUCGGUUAGGGGGUGGCUCCUCAGACCCCCUGUCCUCACAGGCCUUCGCCUUCCACAGAGAUCGGAAAAGCAUCCCCCUCAAGAUGUGUUAUGUCACUCGGAGUAUGGCCUUGGCCGAUCCGGAGAACAGGCAGCUUGAAAUUCACUCUCCGGAUGCUAAGCACACGGUGAUUCUAAGGAGCAAGGACUCAGCCACUGCCCAGGCCUGGUUCAGUGCCAUCCACUCCAAUGUUAGUGACCUGCUGACCCAAGUGAUUGCCGAGGUCAGAGAGCAGCUGGGGAAAACAGGCAUUGCUGGGAGCCGAGAGAUCAGGCAUCUGGGCUGGCUUGCGGAUAAGGUGCCCGGGGAGAGCGAGAAACCGUGGAAGCCAGCCCUGGUCGUACUGACCGAGAAGGACCUUUUAAUCUACGACAGCAUGCCACGGAGGAAGGAAGCCUGGGGCAGCCCCGUUCACACGUACCCCCUUCUGGCCACCAGGCUGGUCCAUUCAGGUCCGGGCAAAGGCUCUCCCCAGGCUGGUGUGGAUCUGUCCUUUGCCACACGAACAGGCACCAGGCAAGGGAUUGAGACACAUCUCUUCAGGGCUGAGACGGGCAGGGACCUCUCCCAUUGGACGCGGAGCAUAGUGCAGGGGUGUCACAACUCAGCGGAACUCAUCACCGAGGUCACCACAGCCUGCACCUACAAAAACCAGGCAUGCUGCCUGACCGUACAUUACGAGAAUGGAUUUUCUAUUACCACGGAUCCGCAGGAGGGUGCCUUUCCCAAGACAAUCCUACAGUCUCCCUACGAAAAGCUGAAAAUGUCUUCAGAUGACGGAAUCAGGAUGCUGUAUUUGGAUUUUGGAGGCAAAGAUGGAGAGAUUCAACUGGACCUUCAUUCCUGCCCCAAGCCUAUCGUUUUCAUCAUUCACUCCUUCCUGUCGGCGAAGAUCACAAGACUGGGCUUGGUGGCCUGAGCAGGGGAUGACUUGCCUCUGACAGAAGGCGGGCUGCUGUGUCACCAGAGCGGGCCAUCAGCCCCGCUGCUCUGCUCGGUGAGCAGGGAGAGGUAGCAUGCAGCAGUCCGCUUUAGAUCCCCGAGUCCUCGGAGCUGCCCCACACUUCUCAUCAGCUUCCCCAACUGCAUGGGGGUGCCCCAAGAAACUACCGCAAGGAGUAUCAGAAGCAAACUGGCUUUUUAGAACCGUAGAAGGGUAAAAGGCGAGGGCGAGUGGAAAUACACAGAAUAGCUUUGAAAUCUUGACAAUCAAGGACAUGAACAUUAGAACAGCGUGUGCAGAUCUUAAUCAUACCAGUUUCUAGGCAACUGGUCCACCCAGGUAAGCAAGGGCUGACUAGAUGAGGACUGGACAUUUUUACCUCCCCCGCCCCCCUGUAACAAUGAUCCCUUGUGUUAGUGUGAUUGAUUGCCUCCUUCUAAUGGAGUUGACUGGUGCUGGUAAGGAAAGAGAAGUGCUUCAGAUUGGAAACCCACCUUUUAUUUAAGUGUGAAGCCGCUGUAAUUUUUUUCUUAAUGAAUUAUCUUUCAGAGAUGUAGAAUGAGUCUGAAGUAUUCUCAUUAGCAUAUGCUGAGCAGGAAUUAAAUAAAGUGUCAGAUACUGAUCUGAGCUCUGAGCUGGUGGAAUCUGAGCCAAAGUAGACUGUUUAUAUUGCAAAGCUUUGCAGAAGAGUCGCGCGCUUGGAAGAUGAUUAAUCUGGGACUGCACUCACACCAAGGGGUGCUCUCUGAGAGCCAAGACUGAUAGCUUUACUUACAGAAAGCCAAUUCGGGAUAUGUUUUUUAAAAGAUUGUCAUUUGAGAUUUAUAAAAACAUACAUAUCUCUCCUAUAUAUAUAACACACACACAUACAUAACAGCUCACAGGAGGUUAACUAAUUAUCCCCAUUCUGUGGUUUUCAGUGGAAGUACCGAGCAAUUUAUUGACCCUUGUGUGUGCCUAUGCAUGCAUUUUCGAACCAGUCACGGAGCAGCCGCACAUCAUUCUGGACGGUGACAGGCUUUACGCACACACCUAGCGUGAUAAUCAAAUCUACUGACCGCGUCCACAGCUCUUAGGAAUUCCAGGGAAAUAAUAUAAAUGACCCGAUAUUUUUCUACAAGAAUAUUUUCAGACACCAUAGAGCAUAUUUCUGAUUUAAUGUUUUUAUUUUUACCUUUCAAUACAAAUUCAGUAAAAAGACAUCUGUAUCAUUUGAUUUUGGAGUCCCCUACCUCAAAGCUUAAACAUUAGCUCUAGAAUUUCCGGUAGCAUUUGUGACCCUUCCUUUUUUCCCCCGUAGUUUACACAAAGAAACGUUCUGGAUUGGACCUGUGUGUUUUUGCAGAACUGUCUUUUAGCAAAUACCUAUGCAAAGAGCUUUUAAAAGUGAAAGGAAUGCAAUUUUGCCCACUGAGACAGGUGUUUAUGGAGUUACAAAGUUGAUUUUAGAUUAGUGUUUCCCGAAGUAUGUGUCAUGUUUCUAUAGUUCCAAAGGGCAUCGACAGAGGGAGAAUAAGAGGUUUGAUAACCAAAACUGUGUUAAAUACCGAGGUAAGAAAAUGUUAAACACAUUUCCUGGUUGCUGGCCUCCUUCGGGGCUUUAAUGUGUACACUGAGGUUCUUCAAGGGCAUCCGUGUACUGCUCCAACAUUUAUAGGACUCCUUUCUGUCGUAGCAUCUUUCAAAACCAGUGUUUAAAAAACAAAACAAAGCAAAACAGAAAACACUUUGGUACCGCUUUAGGACACCGAUUCUUCUUUUUUUUUUUUUUUGGUUUCUUAUUUUAAAAUGCUGAGGAGUGAAGUCCCACCCUGAAUACUACAGGAAAGCUUUGAUGCACUUGUAAAUUACACUGCACUCUUUCAUAACAUAUUUUCGAAGUCACUGGAAUGUUGUUAUACAAGAGAAUUAUGCAUUGUAAAUAACAUUAAAAUACAUAUAUUAAUGCCAAUAGUUCAACAAUAUAUAAUCUAAGGUGCUCAGUACUACAUGAAGUAUGAGUUAAUUACUCAUAAUUAAAUUGCAAAGAUCUUAUUAUAUAUUUAUAGACAAAUUAAAAUGAUCAUAAUUACAAAUAUUUCUUCACAUAAGUUUUAGACUGAUUAAUAUCUGGGUGGGGGUCAACAAACUACAUUCUCUGCAUUUAUAAAAACUUAAUUUAAAUAUUUAUAUUUUAGAAAAUAUACAUUUGAAUAAAUUCAUGCAUUUUCUGAAUCAAAAUGUAUUAUUAGCAAGAAAUAGACAAUUUUACUAAGAGAACUGUGUAUACAAAUCAUUUUUUUUCUUUCACAGUUAAAGUGUAUCAUAUCUGAGUGGCUAUGAUGAAUCAGUUUCAAAUACUCACUUUUCCUCAUUCUGAAUUCAGCAAAUUACAAUGAUUUUACACUGUAAAUUUUAACCUUGUCUUGAUGUGUGUUACCGAUGUUGUGAAAGACACAAACUCCUACGUCUGGAUACAGUCAAUCAACUGUGUCAUUUUGGGGGGAAUUUGCUUUUGUCCAAUCUGCUCUGUGCUCAGUCUGUUUCUUAUCUGAAUCAAUGAAUUAUUGAAUUCCCAUUUGUCCCUUUAAGGGUAAAUCAAUACAAAUGACUGAUGUUUUAACUGUACUUACAGGGAAGCUGCCCAGUUUGCUGGUAGAUGUGGUUAGGUGAUCCCUAAGCAUCCCAGGGAUUUAAAGGCCAACAGGAAGGUAGAAAGCAAUCUCUUUUCUGACUCGAACUAAGUAGAAGAAAAAAAAUCAAAAAUGUCUUAAAAACAUCCAGGCAGAGGCAUUUAAUUAAUUCUAUCAAUCGAUGGAAUUAAAAUGCUGAAAAAUGCAUUCUCCUAAAAUUAAUGGGCGGGGACUUCCUGGCCCUUAUUUUACAAAUAUUAGAUAUUCCAUCUUGAGGGGAGUGGGUUGGGCGAUGGAGUAACUUCUGAAUGUACCUUGAGUUAAAAAAAAAUGUGCCUAUGUUUAUAGCACUAUGGAUAUCAUGUAAACUUUAUAUAUGAAUUAAAUAAAUAUUCACCUCUGAA